GGCUCGCUCUCGUUCCGUUUCCGGUUCCGGCCCCGCUGGCUUUUGUUCCUGGUGGUCAGACGUCACGGUUGUUGGACCGUAACCGCGGAAGAUGCUGCGCAAUCUGCUGGCUCUCCGACCUCUUGCUCAGAGGACCAUCAGCACUGCUUCACGCAGGCAUUUUGAAAACAAAGUUCCACAGAAACAAAAGCUCUUCCAGGAGGACAAUGGAAUUCCAGUGCAUCUAAAGGGUGGGGUAACUGAUGCCCUCUUAUAUAGAGCCACUAUGAUUCUUACAGUGGGCGGAACUGCGUAUGCCAUAUAUCAGUUGGUUAUGGCAUCAUUUCCCAAGAAGCCGGAAUGACUUCAGUUAAACCAGCAAUCACGGGGCUCAGUUCAUCAGCUCUCUGGACCAGUAAUAUGAUAAAUAACUGAGCUCUUUGGGGAUCAAUAUUUAUUGACUUGUACUAACUGCCAUCAAUAAAGCAGUCUUUACCAUU